CUGAUCUCCUGAUGGAAUUCUUGGUGGAACUUUCUGUGGCCAAAGUCAAGACAUAGUUUCUUUUCAAAUAUGGUGUUUAUAAUGCCGGGGCUUCUAGUUCUCUUCUUUUGAAACUAUAUAUCUAUCUAUCUAUAUAUCUGAAGAAGAUUCUCGGUGAGUAACUGCAGUGUACUCUACUAAGAGAUGUAGAGGUUUUCAAAAUUGUACUAAAGUACAUUUUCCAGAGAAACGGAAUGUUUCAGACAGAGGUCCUUCAUCGGCUGUGCAAGCAAAGUACUUCUGAAUUAGCAGUAGAAGGAGCUAGUUUAUAUACAAAAAAGUAAAUGUUUAAAUGAUAACAUUCAUUCUAGGGGGUUCCUAACCCUAACCACAUAUGGCAGCAAUGAAAUAAGGAAACUCAGUUGUCCUCUAUACUCUUGGAACUUUAGAACCCUGUGCAAUGAAUGCUAUGAUCUUAAUGACAUCGGUCUCAAGAGUCAUAUGUGUGUCUGUCCUACUAGUCACGGUACAUUGCCUGUAAGAUUUUAUUCCCGCGAAGAUAUUGUAGUUCUUCGUGGUAACUUGGUACACCGGCUGUCUUGUUCUUUGGGAGAACGGAUGUAACGGAUGUAAACGUCACCGAUUGAUGGAAGUGAUUCCAACCCCCCCCAAGUGCUAAAGCGCAUUCGUUGUUAUUACGCCUGACGUUAUUACGCCUGACGUAAUAACAAUGACAGGUCUCGCCACCUACACGUAAAGCAUGCGGCGUCGUUAUAUUUGGGCUAAACCAUUCACCCUUCGUGUAGAAUGAGGGUAUCUGUUUUUACAUUUUGCAUUCAGUAUUCGUGUGUAAGCUUAUUUGUGGCAUGGCUAAAACAUAUAUACGACAAGACGGGUCUAAAUUAUCAGAGGGGGAGCGGAUGAGCUGAUUUCUUUAGCCCUAUCUUGAUCGUAUAUUUCAAUAUCCGUCCGUCCUCCCCUAUUCGUAAAUGGUUUAUCUUAACAAAUGACGAAUCAUUGCAGGUUGGUAGUAGAAGAGUCUGUAUUCAUGGUCGGAAUGUAACAGACGAACUUUAAAUGCAGAUAUUUUUUCUGAGUUUUGCGUUUAUUGUGGACUAACCGAACUGCCAUUUGACGGUCGGGUGUUUUCUGUAUCUUAUAAUUAUGCCAUGUAAGAUUUUAGUUUAGUUCAUCUUCGGUCUCGAACACUUUCGGAUUGUGUUACAAUGUAUCCGGCAAGGCGCUGUUCUUCGUUGAUUCAGAGGGAUUUCGCCACAAUUUGUCUGUCAUCUCUGAAGACUUCACCAAAAAAGUCUGAACAGUGGAGGAAUACAGUUGCUCCGGUUUUAAAACGCUGUCAUUCUACUUGUGGAGACCUGGCGGUCUGUUCACAAAUUAAGACAAGUAGUUCAUCGCCAGGCCUCAACUCCGUAGAAGUGUGUCCAAUGGGCAUUGGCAGCAGUAGGCUCUUCAGCACUCUGGCUCAGUCUCUGAGCAGAACACCGCAGGAACACGCACACAUGGACGCCGAGGAGUGUGAGCCUGAGCAAGCUGACCCGGACGUGCUCCUGCGUCAGUGUGGGGAGGUCCUGAGGAGCCGGCCCCCACGGCCGCACAGAGACUUCAUCCAGACCAGUGCUGGAAGCCCACACCACUUGCGCGUCCGCGUCAUGCAGUGGAAUAUUCUAGCACAAGCUCUAGGUGAGGGCAAGGACGCCUUUGUGUGCUGCCCAGUGGAAGCACUGAACUGGUCUGAGAGGAAGUACCUCAUCCUGGAGGAGAUCCUGACCUACAGACCAGACAUCCUGUGCUUGCAAGAGGUGGACCACUACUAUGACACCUUCCUGCCAGUGCUGUCCAGCCUAGGCUACCAGGGCAGCUUCUGCCCCAAGCCGUGCUCACCGUGCCUGGACGUGCGUGACAACAACGGCCCAGACGGCUGUGCGCUGUUCUUCAGUCGCCGGCGCUUCCAGCUGCUCCGUGUCAGUCACCUGCGCCUCGCCGCCGUCAUGAUCAAGACCAACCAGGUGGCCAUUGUGGCAACACUGCAGUGCAGGGCCACGGGCCGGGUUUUCUGCGUGGCCGUCACCCACCUGAAGGCACGGAGCGGCUGGGAGGCCUUCCGUGGGGCCCAGGGCUCGCACCUCCUCCAGCAGCUGAAGGCCAUCAGCGAGUAUGGGUGUGAGGAGCGGACAGAGGGGGCAGAAGGUGUGCCGUUGGUGGUGUGUGGGGACUUCAACGCAGAGCCUGGGGAGGAGGUGUACCAGCGGUUCAUGGCCUCACCGCUGGGGCUGGAUAGCGCCUACCGACGGCUAAGUGCGGAUGGUAGCACGGAGCCGGCCUACACCAGCUGGAAGAUCCGUCCAAGUGGAGAGAGCCGCUCCACACUCGACUACAUCUGGUAUUCAAGCAACAGCCUAAGUGUGGAUGGCGUGCUGACCAUGCCCAGUGAGGAGCAGAUUGGCCCAAACCGCCUGCCCUCAUACCACUACCCCUCUGACCACCUCUCAUUGGUCUGUGACCUCAGCCUCAUCCAGGAACCCCAUAGGCUCAUGUAGCUGUCAAUCAAUGCAGAUCACUCCAGUUGGGUUUCAUAGCAGCUCAGGACAUUCUCUGUGUCGUUGUGUGCAAAUGCUUAAAUUUGCAUGAAAGAAUGUGAAAGUGAAUGCUUCAUGUUACAGCACAAUUAUAGCCCUUGUCCUAACAGGCAUGAAAGAACCUCAGAUGCAUGAAGAUAGAGACUGAACAUGUGUCGCUGUCACUAAAGAUGUGCAAUAUUCUAUAAUUUAUUCAGCAAAGAUGAAAGAUAUGAUCUCAGGAAGGCAGACCUAAGAGGGGAAGCUGUUCCAGGUAUCCUACCUGCUAUAUGUCCAUUUGUUUCACUGUAAUUGCUUAUUGCAUGUCACUCACUGGUACUGCAAAGCUGCUUCAUUAUUUUAGAAAUAUAUCUUCUGUCUCUUUAAUGAUAUCAUUUUUUAAACUGGUCCAUAAUGCCUUCUAAAAUUACACAUGGCCCAUGGUAGGCAUCUAGGGUCUGUUUACCAUCACAUAUCUUACCCGUGUUUUGUUGUUUCUGGCCCCUUAUAAUAAGCCACCAGCUUGGCAAGGUGCAUGUGAAGCAGAACCCUGUGGGGGGGGUAAUCUCUGCAGUAGUCCGCAUCCUUAUGUCCAGGCAAACCGCAAAGUUGUACUCGUGUUCCUGUCUGGCGGCAGGGUUCGAUCCAGACAUUGCAAAAUUGUUUAAAGCUCUGUUAAAUCUACAGCACUAAAACAAACAACUACUACUAAUCUGUUUAAUUAGACAUGCAGUUUGAUCAUGCUACAUUCAUUUAUCAAACAAUAUCGCAUUGUUAAAAUCCAGAUUUUUCUGCAUAUUCCUUUAGCCCAUGUCCUUCAUGCUGUUCUGAACACAUGCCCUCUGAAAGAGACAGGAAUCUUCAUUCUGCAGAUUAGCAAUGUGAAUUGCUGACCCCAUAAUCCAGUUAUGGACUCACUCACUCUGAGCUCUCAGUGUUUCUUGGAGAGAUGUCUUGUGUACAGUACCUCUGUAGAUUUACACAAAUUUACGAAGGAAACCCCCAAGCAAUAAUAUAAGCAGCCAGAUCUGUUGCUGAGUGGAAGUGGGCUUCUUGUAUUAGGUGCUCAAGUACUGCACAGCCAAUAGUACUGAAUGCAGUCCCAUACAUAAUGGUAAGGUGGAGCUCAUUUUGACGUGACGACACACUGCGCUGUUAGCGCACCGUGAAAGGACAGGAGCUCCAGUAGCUGUGGCCCUGCUCCUCCUUGUAUGGACCUACCUGUGCAAUUAGCCGUAGGCAUUAAAAGCUGAAGGUAGCCAGACAGCAAAAAAGCAAAUUUCUGUGAGAACAGAACCUCCUAAAAACAUGCUUGUGGCAAAACUGUGAGUUUCCUGGCCUCUAGGGAGAGCACAUGGAUAUGACAGUGGCUGGUGAGUGAAGGAUGUGGAGGCACCAGCAAUCUGUGAGUCUGUCCCCAACUAUUAAUUUCCAUAAAUACAAAUCACGUCUAUGAACACAUCUGCAUAAUGGAGUUUCCUAAAUGAUGAUGAAUAUGGCAUAACCAAGAACUGGUUACCUAGUUCAUGGAUCUGGACAAGAUCCACUCCUAUAGCUUUUAUGUCUGCUAAUACAAAGAAAAUUGUUACAUCUAUGCACAUGAUUACAAAAGGUAUGAGAAAACACAACUUUGUCAUCUGGGGGCAUUAGUCAGAUGCACAGAUAAAAUGCCAAACUUUGGUUGGUUGUUAAAUGGCAGGGUUUAGGAACCCCAAGAACGGAUGAGCAGCAGCACGGCCUGAGGAGGGUUGGCCACUGGCAGGUUUCACACGAGACGUUCAGUUAGGGAGGGGAACAAAACAAAAAACCAGAAAGUCCAUCUGUUUGCAUAAUCAUGUCCUCUAUAUUUAAAUCUACUUGAGUACAAGUUUGGAUAGGAGUACAACAAAAUAUAUGCUUCAAAUAUUGAAUAUUCAAUAUAGCUUAAUCCAAACAGAGACACGCUUUAUCUCCCUUUUGUUUUUUUACACAAGGGUGAAAUAACGAGAAAGACAUGGGUAACAGGUGCAGUGAGGGUAAAUGCACCAAAAAGGAAAGGCAUCUAAGUGCAGACAGUGAAAUGAUUAAGGGCUGUGACAUUUUAUCAGCCUUCUAACGACACGGCUGCUUUUCAAACUGUAAAAAAAAAAA